AUGCAUCAAAAAUCACUGCCGUCGACUUGUUAUAAGUAUGAAAAUUGUAUCAAGGCAUUCGCUCAGGCGACAGAAGAGCUUGACAGAGUGAUUGGGAAGGAGAAAUGGGUAGAAGAGAAAGACCUCGAAAACCUUCCUUAUAUAGAUGCAAUUAUGAAAGAGACCAUGAGAAAGCACCCUGUGGUUGCAAUGCUACCACCACAUCUAGCUCUUGAAGAUUGCAAUGUGGCAGGUUAUGAUGUUUGUAAAGGGACUUUAGUGUUUGUGAACCUAUGGAGCAUGGGAAGAGACCCCACACUGUGGGAUGCACCAGAUGAGUUUAGGCCUGAGAGGUUCUUAGGGAAGGCAAUUGAUGUGAAGGGACAGAGUUUGAGUUCUUGCCAUUUGGUUCAGGAAGGAGGAUGUGCCCUGGUUAUAGUCUGGACUGAAAAUGAUAGGGUGUUGUUUGGCUAA